ACGUAGACGGGCGGGAUGACUAUAAGUAAGCAGACCCGCCAAGCUUUCACCGCCAUUUUACAGGUUGUUGAAAGCGACUGCAACAUGUCUGGAAGAGGCAAAAGCAGUGGCGGGAAAGUCCGGGCUAAAGCUAAGACACGGUCAUCCCGGGCUGGGCUGCAGUUUCCAGUUGGUCGAGUGCACCGUCUGCUACGUAAAGGGAACUACGCCGAUCGUGUGGGGGCUGGCGCCCCUGUUUACCUGGCGGCUGUGCUUGAGUACCUGACAGCCGAAAUCCUGGAGCUGGCGGGAAACGCGGCCCGCGAUAACAAGAAGUCGCGCAUCAUCCCCCGCCACCUGCAGCUCGCCAUCCGCAAUGACGAGGAGCUCAACAAGCUGCUAGGCGGUGUCACCAUCGCCCAGGGCGGCGUGCUUCCCAAUAUCCAGGCCGUCCUGCUGCCGAAGAAAGCGAGUUCGGCACCCGCCACUGUUGGGGGCAGCGGCGGAGGCAAGUCCGGUGGCAAGAAGAGCUCGCAGCAGUCGCAGGAUUUCUAGGACGCCCCGUAGAGGAGUGGAGGAGGACGUGCACCGGCUGGAGGACUCGUCCAGAAGCCGUAAGAGAAAUGCAAUGGACUUUAAAAAGCCUUGAGUCCACUAAGGCCCUUCUCGGGUCCUCUCAGGAACAAGAGGGGCUGUGACACUUUCAUGAGUUUUACGCUGUUUUGUUACCAAAUUUGUGUUCCAAUUUUUCUGAAGUUCUGUUCUCGUUUCUUCGACUUUUAUUGAGAAAACUUUUAGUUGACUGCAUUUUCUGAUUGCAAUUGAAUGAAACAGUUCUUGUUUUUGUUAUUCUUAUUGCCUGGCGGCUUGGUUAGACCCUCUGCCACGUAAACGGAGGGUCUGUUUUGCACCAGGCUCGUUUUGUAUUGAAUUGGAGUUCGAAAACCGAUGUUCAAGUUGCUGUGUUAGCUUGUCCAGGCUGUUAAUGGUUUGUUUAAGUUUCUUUAGCGUUAGCUUGCACAAGCAAUUCCUCAACAGUGCCUUCUCCAUGUUGUUCGCAAACCUGUAAUAAAUUGUAGGUUGUUUAAGGGCUUUUGCUCGAAAAAAAGUUGAUGCGUUCUCGUUUUACUGAAAAUUCGAGGUAGUUCUUUGAUAAAUGUUAAGUUAUCUUUGUCAUGUGAUCGACCAUCCUGUUUCAACUAUUCUAAUAUAGAAUUCUGUUUAACUGACAACGGAUUUCAACAUCUGCAAGGUUGUUCAUUGUAAGAUUGUACAGGGGCACAAGACGAAUUGUUCAAUUGAAAACCUGCGUUUUCCGUAAGUGUACCCUGCUGGUUCAGAAUAAAGAUGUUCUUUUUUACAUAAAA